UUUGGACUGUGACACUCUUCGUAAAUUUCAUUUCCGCGACUUGAAAUUUUCAGUUGAACUUGUUUUUUUUUCUCAUUUGAACUGAUACUCUUAUGAGUUCACUGAUUUUCGAUAAAUUUUAAUCUGUUAAAUCGAAAAUUAAACCAACUUGAAUGAUUGUUUUGUUUACUUCUUAAUUUCCUUCUUAUAAACAUUGAAGAAAGUUCAUCAAAGACUGCGGGAAGUCGAAUUUUGAAGUGAGAGCGACCUAGCAUAAUCUGGAGCCUACCAUUGCGUAAAUGUUUACAAUAGCCCGAGGCGUUUUCCAGGAACCGAGCAACAUUAAAGUGGCAGACUUGCUAUCGUUUUGAAUGCAAACACUAACUGUUUACGCUAGGACGUUUCCGGCGUGACGGAAUUCUCGAGAUCAGCAAUAUUAUAAUGGCAGUUCAAACGUCCCCCGUGGAAAAAUGGCAGAGUUAAAACUCUUCAUGAAGUCUUUGAAUUUGACAAAUUUUGAACUUCAUUUGUACGUUUUGAUGCCCCGAAGCCAUACUUAAACUUAGUGAUUGUCUCACUUGCUGCUUAGCUGCAGAAAAGUUACAAAUUUCAGCUUCGGAAGAUUUACCAAAAUAAAACGGCAAAAAUUUACUAAAUUUCACCAAAAACCAAUGUAUUCUAAACACUAAUGCAAGAUAGUUGAAGAAAAUACAGGUUAUAAAAUUAAUUUAUCAUCUUUUUCCGGAAACUGUUUCAGUUGCUAAUUUUGUAUAAAUUCAACUUUUUUUGCACUUUUACAGGUUUAUUGAAUUUUUAACUGGCAAUACUAUCAUAAAAUCUGUUAAUUUUGCCGUAAAUUUGGGAGUUAAUUAUUCAAAAUUUCGUUAAGUAUUCAGGAAAUACAACUACUUAUCAGUUUGUAAUUUAUUGUAACAUAUUUCAAUCUCCAUCUUUUGAGCGUUACUGAAACUGCAAAAAAUUAAAAACAAAUCCUUUAAAAUCAGCGAUGCGAUUGAAUUUGUCAUAAACUUUAAAGUAUCUUGCUGCUAAAAAGGUUCCGGUAACAUAUGUUACAAAAUCCCUUCGGAAAGCAUAACAACUUGAACAAGUUCCAGUCUUUUGAGUGGAUCAAUUCACUAUUCGACAAAGACAAUCAUUGAAUGACUUUUCUUUACAUCUGACAAUCUGUUGAAAUUUAUUGCGAUAUUAUACAACUUCUUUGUUACAAUACAGAUUAAAAAAUCGGUCCGCUCGAUUAAGCUUUGCAAAAUUAAUCUUUUUGUCCAAACACUAAUUUGCGGAUCACAUUAUAUAAUCUUCAUUUUUUUUAAACUUAAUUGACAUCUUAAUGAGAAAAUGAAGAUUACUUCAAUUUUGAGCUUCGGUAUUUCAGUGAUUACUGUAUUUAAGCAGUGUGUUACCUUGAACUGCCCCGCCUGGAAUAUCGACGCCCGUGAAAACAUAUGUUUUGUCGGUGAAUAUAAUGAGCUCUCUAACAUUAUUGAACCUGAAAGCCAAAAUUUUGUCGAAACAAAUGCUCAAGUUUUAGAAAACAUCACAAAAAACGUAUGCGAGCUGCCAAUUCAAACUAUAUGUGCUUUGAAACGUCAACAUACAUAUCCGCUCCAAAUAAAAAGCUUGAAACCUUUUUCGAAUCUUCUUUUAUUGGUAGUUAAAGAUGAGUUUUUAUCGUCACUGGAGCCUUCGGUCAUUCUACCCGAACUUAAUUCGCCAACUCGCAGUACGGAAGUCAAGAUUAAGCUCAUUCGGUUAAUCGGGCAAAUUGAUCUGUUUCAUCUAAUUGAUAACGUCGAUCCGAUUCACAGACCAGAAGCGUUGGCUAUAUUAUCCAGAACUCCUAGAAGUAUAACUCACUUAAACGAACUGGUCUACAAGCAGAUGCAGUUGAUUCUGACUAAAGGUUUCCGUUUCGACCAGCUGAACCUUUUUGGGGAAAGUUCGCAGUAUAAAGAAUACCUGAACAGCAUUCUAACGGGGAUUGAGACUGGAUUUAAAAAUGAACCUUUAAGCUGCUUCGAGAGCCAAAAAUUAUUUGAAUUCGUCAAAAGCAUGGUACAAGAGCGCAAGAUGAACCCUCGCUUCUUCUAUGACUAUCAAAGGUCAGUUCUGGUUUGGGUCAAACUUUGGGGUCAAAUUUUGCCCUGUGUCGGAACCCACGAAACGAUCAUACCUAAAUCACGAGGCAUGCAAAUAGUCGAAGCACUCGUUAAGACGAAUCCAUCUACUGAUUUUGGUGAAAAUAUGGGAGCUAAUUUGUUAUUGCAAACUUUGCAAAAUGCUCCUGCAAUAAACAAACACAAUGGAGAAGACUUUGCUUAUGAUUCGAUUUCUCAUUUGUGGAAAUAUGCGACUUACGAACAUUUUCGAUACAUUGAAAGAGCUCGGAAAUAUAAACAACGAAGUCUGGAAAGUCCGAGAACGAUAUACAACAUGUUUUCACAGCCACAGAGCUUAGUUUUCACGAUAAAACUAGCCGAACUUGAGUGUAAUUUCCCAAAGGAGCUCUCAUGUAUUUGGUAUUACAAUUCCGAGAGCCGAGAGCAGACUUUACGAUUCAAUAACUUCAAGUCGGAUUUGAUCCCGAUUUCUAGUUUAUCAUGGUCGGCUAAACGACAGAUAGCGAAUUUGAUAUUCACUAACCAAGUUACGGGUAUUCCGAUGACUAGCAAACUGGCAACUUUGGGAGGUCUUAUUUCAGGCCUAGAUAUUACUUUACUUGUCAAAAUGAUAGUUAGAUCGAAGCAAUCUUCUGAAAUCUCGAGAAUUAUUCUCAAUGAAAUCGAAAACAAUGGUUCAUAUUUUAGUCAUUUUCAGAAAAGUGUUCUAAUUGGAAAUAUUUUGAACAUAACUUCUGAUGCAGCUAACUUGCCCGAAGAUUUUUGGGAGUUUCUCCCAUUUUCAAGUUUUCUACAAGCAUCCAGAACUAUUUCGAAACUAAACGUAAAAAGCAUCCAAGAACAAUUCAUAGAAAAACCAUGGAGACAAAAGCAUGCUCAAGUUAUCGCGAAAGAUUUUGAACUUUCUGUCGAACGAAGGACGGACUUAUCAAUUUCAACUAGGGGAGCUUGGAUUAUGCCAACCGAAAUUGAGCGAUCCAAAUUUUCUCCAGAAAUUUUUAAAUUCAUUCAAAGCGUUUCAGCAAGCCAAAGUUCAGAAUAUGCCUUUCAGAUAGCACAAAAAGUUCAACAAUAUUACUCUUCAUUGAAAAACAGCGAGUUUACUUUUUCACUGAUAGAAGCACCCAUUUUGGCUUCUAUUCCUGGAAAAGUUUUACGCGAGUUCUCGAUUUCUGCUUUUUUGAGACAAAAUUCAUGUCGCGAAUUGAUUUCAAAAAUAGCAAAAUUAGAUGAUAAUCACCGGUUUUCUAAUGGGAGAAAUCAACAGUUAGCCCAUUUGUUCAUAAGUAAUUGUGGACAGGAGAAAAAGGAAAAUUUGGGAAAGGAAGUUAGCGAGCAGUUAUUAUAUAGUAUGGGAAGCCUUGUAUGCUAUAUUUCCCCAAAUUAUAUCAGAUUAACAGGCAAAAAAAUUCUUCAAAACUCCCUGGAGCUUUUCGACCAGUGCUGCCUAACCAAAAAUCAAAGCAUAGCUAUCAAAACAGUUCUUCUUGAAAACUCUAACGCACAAAAAACAGAAGAAUUAUCAAAAACUUCGCCAAAAUUGAAGUACUUAAAAUACUACAAUUUAUUUUGCCAAGUAUUUGAUUUUGAUUUCUCUGUUUUCGAAAUUGUAAAUUCAAGCAGCAACUUGUUUAUGACAACAUUCGAUGAAAGAUCAGCUGUUUACCAGUUGGUCAAUCAGGGUGGAAUUCUUUCAGGCACCGAAAGGUCGGGAAAGUUCACGCCUAAGGAUGAAUGCGCGAAAAAAUUCAAAGAUGAAGGUCGUUUGUAUGAUGUCAAAUUGUGUCACAAAAAUGCAACUGAACUGAUUUUGCUUAUGGAACCGGAAACUCUCAAAUGCAACACGUUAAAGAUACUCGACCAAGGAAUUCGUUGGAUAGACGCUAAUCAAAUCCAGGCCAUGCCUCUUGACGAACUAAAAAACUGCCUCGACUACCUAGGAACCGAAAUAGAUCAAUCACAAAUUACGCACUUGAGUGAAACAAUUCUGAAACGUUUAAGAAAAACCGGCAACAUGCGCGAAUUAAAACCAGAACAAUUGAAAAACUUCUUGCCGUAUGUCACUUCAUGGGAUCUAAGAAGUGAUCGACUCUCAUUGGCCGAUUCUAGUUAUGACGUAAUGAACUUAUUAUCCAAUCAGGUUCUUUCUAGAGAUUCGUCGAUACUUAUUCAAAACUGUUCAUUUCCCGAAAAAUUUCAUUCGCAAUUAUUCUCUUUUCCAUCGGAACAAGAAACCCGGGCCUUCAUACUAUCAAUGGGUGGAUUGCUGUGUUAUGAACCAGAAAAAGUAAUCCCACUAGUUAAACCAAAAUAUAUCAAAGAUUUAUCAAACUCGUUGAGUAAUUGCCCGUUCGAAUACAUUGAUAGAUUAUCAGUAGUGAAAUCAUUAUUAGAUGACACAGUUUUCAACAUCCACGACAUUGGUAAUGUUGAAGAUUUGGGAAUAUUUGGAUACCAACUUUUGACUGACAACUCUAUAACUGAAGUUGUGGACGAGCCUAUGGUACAAGCGAUAAGCUUGCAAGCGUUAGCCAUUAUGCCUCCAACUUAUGUAGCCAUGAUGAUACCUGAAAAUAUUUUUCUGAAGUUCUCGUUGCAACAGGCCAAUUUUCUGUUUAAAUUCAAGAUUGAAUUUCUAAGUUUGCGUCAAAUUAAUUUUCUGACCUUGACUCUAAACCGAAACGAUUAUAUACAAAAUUUUGACGACCGCUUAGAUCCAAUCAUUUCUAUAAGUGCGACUGAAGACCAAAUAAGUCAAAAUAUCGACCAUUUUGGAAAUCAAGUGAGACAAAAUUCGACAAAACUCUACGAUAGACAUUCAAACCUAAUCUACGUGUACAGUGCUUCUUAUAAAUGUGAUAGUUAUUUUCUACUUUUCGUUUCUGUCUGUAUCAAAUGUUUAUUUUAAAAAUGCUUUAUAAUGGCUUAAAUGAAAUGAAAUUGUCUUCAAAUUGCAUAGCAAAAAUCGUAUUU